AUGGCAAGUGCUUCGUCGGCCACACCGGCUGGAGAUGAAGAGAGCAGACCAAGCGAGCAGUUCUCACAAUCUGCAGCGGAAGAGGCGCCCGAGACAUACGAGGCUACCCAUGUCCACGAGGUCUACGAGGCCAUCGCUCCGCACUUCUCAGCCACUCGCCACAAGCCCUGGCCUCGCGUUGCCAGCUUCUUGCUCUCCCAGCAGCCCGGCAGUCUUGGUCUCGACGUCGGCUGCGGCAACGGAAAGUAUCUGCGCGUUAACCCGACUGUUCACUUGCUUGGUUCCGACCGGAGUCCGUCCCUUGUCCAACUCGCCCGGACUGAGCUGCGUCGCCCGCGGGAGGACGACGUCGAGCUGGAUCCUAGGAUCUCCGAUGUCGACGUAGCUGUUGCCGAUGGCUUCGCCCUCCCUUACCGCAAGGCUGCCGCCGACUUUGUCAUCUGCAUCGCUGUUGUGCACCACAUGUCGACACGUGAGCGUCGACAGGCCGCCAUCGCAGAGCUGCUGGCUCUCGUGACGCCCCAGGCCGGCCGCGUUCUUGUCUACGUGUGGGCGCUUGAGCAAGCGUCGAGCCGUCGCGGGUGGGACGCGGGCAGCGACCAGGACCGCCUGGUGUCGUGGGUGAUGCGCAAGCCAAAGGGCCAGGAGCCCGGGGGCACGUUCCAGCGCUACUAUCACUUGUACAAGGAGGGUGAGGUCGAGGAGGACGUCGUGGCGGCUGGGGGCGUCGUGGUGGAGAGCGGCUAUGAGAAAGACAACUGGUGGGUGGUAUGUAGUCGACCGUCGUGA